AUGUCGUCACGACCUCUAAGCGCGCGUAAGGGUCUGCGCAAUGACUUGGGCUCAAACAACUGCUUCCUUAACGUCAUCAUCCAAAGUCUAUGGCACGUACGCAGCUGUCGCGUGCUCAUUUCUACGGGCGACCACGCAGUACAUCAUCGCUGCGGUGGUAAACCCACGAACGCCAGCACUUUGGAAACAAUGACCAUCACUCCGUGUCUCUUGUGCGAAUUAGAGCAGAUUUUUAUCAUGUACCAGUUUGCAGAACAGCCGGUACUGGAUGUAAAUCGUGUACGUCUCGCUCUAAAUGAGACAUUUGCUCUUGGAGCCAUGAACGACGCGACCGAGACACUGGAAGCCAUUUUGGAUGCUCUACACUAUGAUACAUUCAACCGAAUGCUGCUAUUACGUCGAAGAAGCCCAUAUAAUGCCGCUAUUAUUGAUGGAUCAAACAAGAUGGAAGAAAUGUCCGAGUCUUUACGUCAAGAUGCAUCCGCUAUAAUCUGUGAGCCACAGUGUGUGGCCCACAGAUUGUUUCAAAUGAACUUGAUGGAACUUAAAGUCUGUGCUUCUUGUGGUCAUACAGCUGAGCCUCUUAUGAACACGGACUUUUUGUAUCGAGUUUAUGCUCAAGAGCUGCUGAAUAGUGCAAGAGCUGGACUAGAAGGAGAGAAGAAGAUGACAUUGGAGGAAGUACUGCGACUUGAAGCACAGGCACAAGAUGUGGCUGGAACUUGUGAUGCAUGCGAGAAAGGAGGACAACGAGCGUUAAGCAGGUGGAUUCUUACACUGCCCAUGGUGUUUUCCAUCAGCAUUAUCUGGUCCAGUAGCCAUGUGAACAAGACGGACAUCAAGGACUGGAUGGUACUUUUAUCCUCGCAGUGUACAUCUGGCAGAGAUGGCAAAGAGUUGCAGCAAACUCUAGAUUUAGGCCGCAUCUUUCGAUUGGAUAAAUCGGCAGAGGUAUCAUCGUUGUACUCGUUCAGAGGUCUUGUGUGCUACUAUGGACGACACUAUGUGGGCUUCUUUGCAAGUCGGAGUCUGGAUGAGGCGGGAGUUGAACGUGAACGCUGGUUCUUGUUUGAUGAUACACGUGUUAAACUUGUGGGAACAUGGGCAGAUGUCCGCCUGCGUGUCGAGCGCGGAGGGUAUCAGCCAACGUUGCUAUUCUACGAACGCAACGAAAUUGAGCUUGAAAAUCUUGAGAAGAUAUCUGCUGAGAUUCACAAGUGGUGGGAAGCAUCAGCUGAUGAACCGGAUAGUGCAACACCGGACGAAAUGACGGAGAAAAGCUCUGCAGAUAACAUGGUUAAGAAUGGCAAGGGGGCACCACACGAAAUUGAGCUCAGUGGAGGCAUUGAGGACGAACUGUUGGCAAAAAUGGAGCGAAGCGUCCGUAUAACUCAGGAACAUCCACUUUCGCCACUGAUUUCUAGUAUUCCUAGCAAAUUGCCGACAAGUCCGAUCUCGCUUCCUCCCCGAGCACCAAAAUUAAUGACUGUGGAGAAUGAAUUGCAAGUAAUAGACGGGUGGCGCGACGAGGAUAUGCAUCUGCAUUUAGCCCACAAAUCCGCUCAAGACUCUCUAUCAAGACUUAAUGGCAUUUUGUUAAAAGACAAAGGUCCGCAAUCUACUCCUGUUGAUGGCCGAGCAGUCUUUCGCCUGGCGAUGUCACAAUCUAUGCAGCGCUCGGUUCGCUUACGUGACUACUCCGUGCGCCACUCCGUCGAAAAACAAAUUGAUGUAAAUCCUGACAAGAUUUUUGAGGAUGAAGCUCCAUCCAUGGAAGAGGAUACUCACGCAGAAACUCGUCCUAUUAGCCCUGCACUGACAUUGCCUGACAAAGUGGAGGCAGAAGCAGAGCAAAUCCCGCUAAAGGUGUUUGAUGUUCGCCUCAAUGCUUCGGACGGAGGAAUCGGCUUACUUUUGGAUGAAACUACAAACAACGGCUAUAGGCCUCUAUCAACAUCAAUGGACUGUAAGAAAACGUUCACCGUAUCUGGUUUUGAAGUCAAUGGUGCAGGUGCUAAGCUACCAGCCGAAGCUAGUGGGGCAAUACGCACGGGAGAUAUUCUUGUGGGCAUCAAUGGUCACAUGUUGAAAAACGAAGAACUUGUAGACGUGCUGGAAAUGCUUUUAAUGUCGUCCAAUCCAGUUCAGCUCAAAUUUCAUCGUACUCAGCCGUGGGCAUGUCCUCGCUGUACGCUUUUGAACGAAACAAUGAUGACAACAUGUGCAGCGUGUGGACACGCAAUACCCUGGAAAGAGUGA